GUGGGAGGUACGUCGAGAAAAAGUUGGAAGUACGCGAGAGCACGUUUUUCAUUUCAUGGCAAUACUCGUAUCGUGGGAGGCGUCUUCUUGUUGAUUAAAGACUUAAAGUAAAGCUUUGGCGCUUCUCAUCAGGAAUCUACAUGUCCUUUUAAUUUUCUUCUGCAAACACUUUUCUUAUACUAGAAUUCAGAGCUAGACUUGACUUGACUUGGAUUGUUAUUUCUAAUUUUCCUUCCCAAAGACAACCAUGGGCGGAACCCCUGAGAACUUCUGCCUCCUUCAAGGCUUUGAAUGGAACGUCCCAGCAGACCAAAAGCACUACAUCAGGCUGAAGAAUGUCCUGCAGGACCUCAAGAGCAUUGGCAUCGACAAUGUCUGGUUGCCUCCCGCAUGCAAAGGCGCUGGCGGCACCGAAGCCAACGGCUACGACAUUUACGAUCUCUACGAUGUGGGCGAGUUCGACCAGAAGGGCGGCAAGUCGACGAAAUGGGGCCCGCGCGAAGACCUCGACGCCCUCGCUAGUCACGCUCAAGAUCUCGGCGUAGGUCUGUACUUUGACGCCGUUCUCAACCACAAAGCCGGCGCGGACAAGCAGGAGAAAUGCCGCGUCAUAGAAGUCGACCCCAAUGACCGCACCAAAGACGUCGGUGAACCCUUUGAGAUCUCGGCCUGGCUGGGCUUCGAUUUCCCCGGUCGCGGCGACCAAUACUCGUCGCAGAAGUAUCACUGGGAACACUUCUCCGGCACCGACUACGACGCGUCCAACGACCGCACCGCCAUCUUCCGCAUCCUGGGCGACAACAAGCACUGGUCGUCGAGCGUGGGCGACGAGUCCGGCAACGCCGACUUCCUCAUGUUCGCCGACGUCGACUACUCGCACCCGGAAGUCGAGGCCGACGUGAUCCACUGGGGCGAGUGGGUGGUGUCGGAGUUCAAGCUCAAGGGCUUCCGGUUCGACGCGUGCCAGCACUUCAGCGAACGUUUUACGAAUGAGUUCGUCGCCAACCUGGAUCGCAAGUUCGGCGAGAGCAAUCUGUUCUUGGUCGGCGAGUUCUGGAGCGGCAACGUCGGCGAAAUGCUCGAGUACCUCGACCAGAUGCAGCACAAGUUCUCGCUGUACGACUCGCCGUUGCUGAACAAUUUCUCGCAGCUGUCCACCACGGAGUCGGCGGAUCUGCGCAAGGUGUUCGACGGCAGUCUCGUGGCAGCACGCCCCGAGAGUGCCGUGACCGUGGUGAUGAACCACGACACGCAGCCCGGCCAGACGGUCGCCACGCCCAUCGAGGGCUUCUUCAAGCCCAUCGCGUACGCCUUGAUCCUGCUGCGCAACCAGGGUUACCCGAGCAUCUUUUAUGGCGAUUUGUACGGGAUCAAAGGCCAGCACCCGGAGCCGCCGUCGUGUGGAGGGAAACUGCCUCAUCUGGUGCUUGCGCGGAAGUUGUUCGCGUACGGCGAGCAGGACGAUUACUUUGACGACAACCCGAAUUGCUUGGGCUUCGUGCGCAGAGGCACGCAUGAUCGCCCUGCCGGCCUGGCGUGCGUGCUGUCGAAUGCCGCGCCCGGCCAGAAGAGGAUGGCCGUCGGCAAGGAGCAUGCCGGGGAAAUCUGGACCGACGUGCUGGGCUGGCAGACGGACGAGGUCAAGAUUGACGACGAAGGGUAUGGCGAGUUCAUGUGUCCCGGCACCAGUGUGUCUGUCUGGGUCAAUAAGGACGCCGAAGGGAGGGAUAAGAUCGAUCAUCUGGAUUUUGAUACCGACAUUUACACCAAGGCUUGAUUAGACAGAACAGAUCAGACUUGACUUGGAAUUAGAUUGGAUUCGGAGGAAUAGAUUUGGGUGGUUAGAUUUGGAUUGUUGAUUGGAUUUGGGUAUUAGAUGGGUUACCAUACUGGACGAUAUACUAGUACUCAGUUGUUUCUAUCUCGGGUCGAAUCUGCAAGAUGCUGUAGUCAAUUACUAAUAUUGCC